UAUAACAUCAAUAUAAUACCAAGCAAUCUUAAAAUAAAAUAGUUUUUGUAUUUUUCUCUCAUGUUACAUAUAGAAAUCAAACACCAAAUAAAAUCUUAUGACUCAUAAUAACAGGAAGCGCCCUUGAUGUGAUGAUUCUAAACAUGUUCGUAUUGUAUAAAGCAGCUUGAAAGAAGAGUAGCGGCAGCGUACAGGCAGUUCGAUGUGAGACGCUUCACAAGAUGUACGUCACAUUGAUUCCGUUCUUUCUAGCGGCUAACAUAGUCGUCAACGAUAGGUCGGAAUGGACUUUUGGACCAGAAUAUUUGUAUAACCUGCAAGUGACCCACUUCAGUUCGGAGAAGCUACCCUGGCACAGAAAUGUUUCCUCGACGGUAAAGUGUCGCCCCAAGAUGGAAGACAGUCUGUUUUGCGACCUACAGUACUUCAAGACUUUUGACGAACAAAAGGAGUUUGUCCUCUAUACUUCAGUAAUAUUCGAGAUGAAGUUCAAUGAAAGCGGUGUAGAGAAAAUAUUUACUAAUUCGUCAGAUCCCUUUAAGAGGGAAUUAAUGCAAAAAAUCGCCCAACGUUUUAGCACUGGUAUCCAUGUACAGCGCAAUUUUGAUGGUGAUUCUAUAUACUGGGAAAAGAAAUGGAUUAUAAUAAAUGGAAACGAGUGUUUUGUGAGAUACAGUGUCGAAUAUCUUGAACCGGAAAUAAAUAUGUCAAAACAGAAUAAAGAUUUCCAGUUAGUGAUAUUGCCGAUGUUCGAUGUAAAACCUGAUUCUAGUUUAGAAGUCAUAGGAUAUCUUUACUGUAAUGAUCAUUGUUCUAUCCCGAUUGACUUUCAAAUAAAAUUCAAUGGCGCAACACAAAUCAAUAACAGAUAUGAUGGUCCGAUAUAUGUGAUUAACAUGCACUAUGCGCAACACUUUGGACUCUUUCGGGAAAAAAUACAACUCACGCUGGAGAGUAUCAAACCUGCCCAAAAUAAACCUAUGGAUAUUUUCAAUGGCAGUUGGUUUUCUCCAAUAAUAUAUAAAUAAGAACAUGUAAGCUAACAUGAAUUAAAGUCAAAGACGUGAUCUUUCAAACGAUAUUGAUAAACUAUAGAAUUUAUUGAAUAUUUUACAGAUUUAAAUGUAUUCAUAAACAAAAUAAACAUCAUUUCAUGAA